UGUCGUCCCUCGGGGAAUAGCUCUUCGGUCUCUGAGUUGCUGCCACGGCGGCAGCGGGACCCCGAGCAUCGUCAGCGGGAGAGCGCCGGGGGACGGACCCGCCCAGGAGGGGCAACGGGCGCUGGCUGCUGCCUCUGCUGCUGUCCCUGACCCCGGGGAGCGGCAGCGCUUUGGCUUGUUUCUUGGGGUUGAGUUUGGGCACAGCCAGAGCGCGUGUGUGUGCCAGGAGUUCCUCAGCCAGCUGCUGCCUGGAAGUGGUGUCCUUAUACCGACGGAACGGCACCAGCUGCAGCUGGAGUCACUCCGGACAGCAAUACUCCAUGCCACUGAAACAACCAGAGAAGGGCCCACUUCCCUCCCAGAUUAUGGGUCUUAGUGACCUCUCAAGAGCUCCCCAUGAAGUGCCACUGUCUGGGUGCCACAGGAAGUGGAUCAAAGAGACUGAUUCAGCCUAUGUGAAGCUGGCAAAGCAAGGAGGCCGACCUGACCUACUGAAGCACUACACUCCUGUGGUAAUGAAGUCCCCUCCAGCAGCAUAUGCUGCACCUGACUGGUACACACACUGUGCCAAUCCUGCAGGGAUUGAGAAGCCACGGAGCUGUGUUUCCUCUCUACCAGAUUAUAUGGUUCACAGAGAGUUUAUGGCUGAUGACCAUCACGGUAAGAGUUAUGAGAGAAGAAGAGGGCCUUUUGAGUUUGAUACAAAAAGUGUUUGGCAGCGGGAAGCUGAGGACAAAGAAAAUGCAGAGAAAAAGAAGGUAAAGCUUCCACCUAUAAGCCCUAAAUAUCCAAGCAGAAUGCCAACUGUUUCUACAAACCAGGAAUUUAGUGGAGAAAAUAAGCUUUCCUUCCCACCCAUGCCUGCUCAGAGAAAAAAUGAAGCAGUAAAUUUUAGCAAAUUAAUAAGCAAUGGUUAUGGGACUGACUGGUUUCAGCAGUGUACUGGAUGGGAAAAAAAGAUUGAAGAAACAUCAGAAAGUAGUGAGCACUCUGAAGAUUCAGAACGAUCUGAAUCACCACCAGCAAGAAAUGAGUUAAAGCCACCAUUUCAGGGAUGUAAUAAGUAACUUGAAGGAUUCUUGGGGAAACUGAAGCUUUGUAUUGCUUAUAUAGCCCACUAUUUACAUGUUGGCUAGAUUAUUUUUUUAACUUAACUCAUCCCUGAUUGAGAUGUUUGUGAGAUGGAUGAACUUUGUUGGCUUGAUUGCAGCAAGUUUUAAAGAACAGACAACAGCUGCCAGUGCUUAGUCCUAGACCUUUUAUUAAUAUAAUAAACAAAAUAAAGCAAAGCUGAGGUUUUCUCCUGCAUAAGACUCCUGUUGCUUUGCUGUUCUCAAACAGGCUUACCAUAUUGCUGCUGACCUGACUAGACACAGGCAUGCUAUUGAUAUGUCCAAAUCAACGAAUUUCUUCAGUUAAGUACAGCUGUACUCAUGAAUUAUGCCACAAAGAAAGGUGAAGGGGAACUGUAUGGUAUGGGAUGAAAUGUAGAUAGAAAGAAUUGAACUGGUAUGGAUACUUGCAGUAAAAAAGUCAAACCUUCACUGAAAAGACUGCUUCUUCAUCCCAAAAACUCAUUUACUUUGAACAGACACUGAGCUUUCUCAGACUGUUCUGUUGCUGUGCCUGCUGCACAAGAGCUAGUUGAUCAGUCGUAGUGUUCAACCACAUAAUUAAAGACCUGGUGGCAUUUCCUGGUGUAGUCUUGUUGUAUAGAAGCUGAAUCAUUGGUUAACAGUUCUAUGGACUCAGCUAUCUAUGAUGUCUGCACUUUCAGCUGUUAGAUAAAAAAUUAUCUGUCCUGAAGUCUUGACUGCAACAAAAAUAUUAUGUGCUAGAUCACUGUGUUUAUUUGCACCAGCAGAAGUCUGUACUUUGAAAUAGCAAUGUAUAAAUGUUGUACUUUAAUAUUUUGAAAAAGUUAAGAUACACUGAUAUUUCAACACUUGCUAUUUUAUCUACUUGGAUUAGGAUAUAUCCCUGAAAUCUUAUUAAUAAUUAAAUAUUGAUUAUAAAGUCCACUAGAAAUUCAUUACCAUGCAAUUUCAUUACCAUGUUUUUUGCUAAUAGCAUGAAAAGUAAACUCUUAAUUUUAAGAGUUUCCUCUUCAGAUUACAUUCAGUGCAUUUUACACCUUUGAAUCCAAGUCCUGAAGGUUCUAAAAUUUAUUAAUAAAUAUAGAUUUCUUUGAACAGAGUGUUUAGAGUAUUUGGUUUAAUACUGUUCCUUUAGAACCUUGAUGUAAAAAAUUAUUUGAAAUAGGUAAAUCGUUGCUAAUCUGAACCCUUGAAAUUUUCAGCGAACUGUAGAAAUUUUGAUGUUGAUGUUGUUAGACC